GUGCUGUACCAGAAAUGCUCUUUAUUGUACAUUUAUAGCCUACUACUUAUGUAGCAUGUAGUAGUUUGCGCUAGUGAGCAAGCAAGCACAAAAAUAACAUGUUUUUGUAUUGUCAGUGAAAGUUCCGAUGAAUAUUACUCACAUCCAAGCCUUGGUUGUUUUCAUGAUAGCGCAUAAAAUUCAAAAUGUAGUUUCAUAUUUAAAGUAUAACGUCAUAAUUGCAUUUAUUUCAUAUUUCUAUAUUCAAAAUAUAAUAUUUAAAACAUCAGUCUCAUAACGUUAUUUAUGCAAUUGUUAUUGCUGUGUAAAUGCAUUUAUGCCACUUCUGAGCAGCAUUAAACAGUCUGUGUAAAUACAUUUCAGAUGCAGCUUCUGUGCGCCUUUGUAGACUGAUCCGGUUCAAUCUUUACUCAAUCAGUCUUCAAAUCAACAUGAUGCUCAGUCCAGAUCAGGUAUCCUUGAUAGGACUCGUGUUUGAGAGCUAUGUGAUGGAGCACCAUAAGAACGACAUCCUUCAGAUCUUACAGGAGGCCAGUGAAGAUGCUCACUAUCCUGUUGUAGUGAAUGCCAUGACCUUAUUCGAGGAUAAUAUGGAGGUUGGAGAGUGUUUCAAUGCCUUCCCCAGCCAGGUGCUGCCUAUAUUUGACAAUGCCUUGCAGAGAGCGGCCCAGGCCAUAUCUCAGGCUUCUCCCUCAGUGCAGGAGAGUUUCAGGCUCAAACAUAAUCUGCAUGUUCGUAUUUCAGGUUUACCUAUGUGUCCCGAACUAACCAGAGAUCACAUUCCUAAAGCCAGAGACGUGGGUCACUUCCUGUCAGUCACGGGCACGGUCAUCCGUACCAGUGUGACUAAAGUAUUGGAGUACGAGAGAGACUACAUGUGCAAUAAGUGCAGACAUGUGUUCUCAGUGCAGGCUGACUUUGAGCAGUUUUACACCUUCAUUCCCCCCACCAGCUGCACCAGUGAAAACGGCUGCAACUCGUUCAAAUUCACUUGCCUGUCUGGGAGUGACGCCCCUCCGGCCGCAUGCAAGGACUACCAGGAGAUAAAAAUCCAAGAGCAGGUGCAAAAACUGUCAGUAGGUAGUAUUCCUCGCUCCAUGCUCAUCAUCCUGGAAGACGACCUAGUGGACAGCUGCAAAUCAGGUGAUGACAUCACAGUGUAUGGAGUUGUGUGCCAGCGCUGGAAGCCGUUGUAUCAGGAUUGUCGCUGUGAUGUGGAGAUUGUGCUGAAAGCGAAUUAUAUUGAGGUCAAUAAUGAGCAGUCCACCACUGCAUUGGUGCUGGAAGAAAUUCAGAAGGAAUUUGAAGAAUUCUGGGAGAGUCACAAACAUGACCCCAUUGCCGGCAGGAACCAGAUCUUGAUGAGUCUGUGCCCUCAGGUGUUUGGCAUGUAUGUCGUCAAGCUGGCUGUUGCUAUGGUUUUGGCAGGUGGGGUUCAGAGAAUAGAUGCUUCUGGAACCAAGGUGAGAGGGGAGUCUCAUCUGCUGCUAGUGGGCGAUCCAGGGACUGGAAAGUCACAGUUUCUAAAGUAUGCUGCAAAGAUAACACCACGCUCUGUUCUCACGGCAGGAAUCGGAUCUACAAAUGCAGGUCUGACGGUGGCAGCUGUGAAGGACUCUGGAGAAUGGCACCUGGAGGCAGGAGCUCUGGUUCUCUCUGAUGGAGGUCUGUGCUGCAUCGAUGAAUUCAGCAGCAUUAAAGAGCACGACCGCACCAGCAUCCAUGAAGCCAUGGAGCAACAAACAAUCAGUGUGGCCAAAGCCGGAAUGGUGUGCAAACUAGACACAAGGACCACCAUCCUGGCAGCCACGAACCCAAAGGGGCAGUAUGACCCUAAUGUGUCUGUUUCAGUGAAUGUGGCUCUGGCUAGCCCACUACUGAGUCGCUUUGACCUGGUACUGGUUCUGCUGGACACCAAGAACCCAGAGUGGGACAAAAUCAUCUCCACCUUCAUCCUACAGAAUAAAGGAGCUCCAAGCGAGUCUUCAUGUUUAUGGAGUAUGGAGAAGAUGAGGGCAUAUUUCUGCUUCAUAAAGAGCCUUCAGCCUCGUGUAACACAGGAAGCAAACACCAUCCUGAGCCGCUACUAUCAGCUGCAGAGACAGAGUGACAGUCGAAAUGCUGCCCGCACCACCAUCCGCAUGCUGGAGAGUCUCAGCCGCCUCGCUGAGGCUCACGCAAGACUGAUGUUCAGAGAGAUGGUGACAGUAGAAGAUGCUGUUGUUGUCGUUUCUGUUAUGGAGUGUUCUAUGCAGGGGGGCGCCCUGCUUGGAAAUGUGAAUGCUUUGCACACCUCUUUUCCUGAUAACCCCUGUGAGCAGUAUAAAACACAGUGCGAGAUCGUGUUAGAGCGUCUGGGAUUGACCGAUAUCCUAUAUAAAGAACUCCAAAGGCUCUCAAGGCUACAGAACACAAAAUCGGACUCCCCUAAAGGGCCCAAGCCACAUAGUGGCCUAACCAACAAGAGUUUGGCUGGUGAAAAUCUCAAUAAGGAGUCAGACCCAGGCCUGGACUGGUUCCACUCCUUAUCCAGUCCUACCCGUAACGGCUCCAUAGUUCACACCUCCCCCAUCAUUAUUACCUCCACUCAGAACACCACAGCGACACGUGGCACGAUGGUGUUGCCUAGCAACAGCCGUUCUGUGCACCGCGAUCAUCCAGCUUGGGCGAAUGAUAGGGAUAUAUCUGUGGAAGAGGCAGAAAUGCCCUCUUCUGUAGUGGAGAGGGGUUCCAAAAAGCUCAGAGGCAAAAGACUGAAAGAGAUGAAAAUGUUUCUUCUUCAGAGCGAGGACAAGAACAUUCAGGAGAGAGUUUUUGGAGAUGAUUUAGAGAAAAUGUUCUCCCCAGACACAAUGCCUACCCACAGUACUCCCAUAACGAGGAGAAGACCGUCUAAAAGAAAAAGCACAGCCAUCGGUCCACCUGAAAUAGCCGAGGAACCUGAUUUCAGAGCUGAGAGUGGGGAGAAUUUACACUGCACACUCACAAACUUUACCUUCAAGCCCAGAGAGAGAAUGACUCAUGCAGAUCAGUCAGUUGGAACAACCAAAUCAGGUGUCCCCCCGAAAGAUUCCCAUAUUCUUGUCCCAGAAAAAAAGCAAGCCUCUAAGGAGAAUCAGAACUCGCAUGUGCCAGAAGAGGGCAGCAGUUCCACUAAGAAACUGCGGCUAGGACUUCAAAAUAAAACCAAAGAUCUUUCCUCAAAGGUUUCCAAUGGGGAGACUACAGCUCAUAAAGGAAUAUUUGAGGACGUAGAACAUCAGCAGCAGCUGCUGCCAAGGCUUGACAACCUUCCUUCAGGUGAGAGUAACACUAAUAAACCUCCACAAUCCUCGCCAAAGCCAGACCACCCAAAGACUAAAGUUGCUAACUCCACCUUGGCCAAACUUUCCGGAUUCUCCUUUAUUGCUUCAGCUGAGGAAAAGUCUGGAGAAAAACCUCCAACCCCAGCUCCAGCCAUGGCAAAAGUGGUUGUAAACCCCACUACAAAUAAAGUGCCAACAAGCGCACAAGUAGAAAUCACAAACACCGUUUCAGCGGCACAAAUAAUUGGGUCAAAGGAAAACACAACUGCACAGACAAGGAAAAAUAUAACCAAAGAUGCAAACAAAGACAGGUCCACCACACCGCAGACAACCAACACAAGGACAGAAUCCUUCAGUAGAAAGGGACAAGCUGGACAGAACGGCAUGGAUCCAGAGAAGAGGAGAUGUUUUCAAAUGGGUUCCGGCGGCUCAGCAGGACUCCUUAAAGGUCUUUCUUUGUUCAGUUUGUCUGUCAUAGACGAUGAAGAUUUAGACAUUGACUGGGACUGAGUGCAACAAGAGAUGUUUGCUAGCUGUGUAUGUAAUCUGAAAUUAUGUUUGUCUUUCUUUGUUUUUGCUUUUAAUUGUAAAGUAUUGCGUCGUAAUGAUGUACAAUGCCAGACAGCUCGGCAAAGUUACAAACAGCACAUUAAAGACUGUCUCUAUAUUUUGGUGUGUUUCAGUAAACAUCAGUUGCAUUUUUAUGUCUGCUUUUGUAUUCAUUUUUUAAGUUUAUAUAAAGAGUUCUUUAUAACUUUAAAGGGGUUUGUUCACCCAAAAAUGAAAUCUCGCCCUCAUGUUGUUCCUAACCUGUAUGACUUUCUUGGAACACAAAAAGAGCUUUUAGACAGUAUGUUAGUCUCAGUCAGCAUUCACUUCCAUUGCCUCUUUUUUUUUUUUUUUUCUUUUUUUCCUUACAAUGAAAGUGAAUGGUGACUGAGGCUAGUAUUCUGCCUAAAGGAAUAGUUCACCCAAAAAAGAAAAUUCUCUCAUUUACUCACCCUCAUGCCAUCACAUGUGUAUGACUUUCUUCUGCUGAACACAAAUAAAGAUUUUAAGAAGAAUAUUUCAGCUCCUGAAAAAAAAAAAAAAGCAAACAUCUGGGCCACAUUGAGGCACUUACAAUGGAAGUGAAUGGGGCCAAUCUGUAACGUUAAAAUACACACUGUUUCAGAAGUAUAUCCAUAAGAUGUAAACAAUAUUCAUAUUAACGUGAUUUUAUUGUGUUAAAAUCGCUUACUAGCCUUUUCUGUGUCAAGUUAAAUCCAAUUUUACAACUUUGUUGUUGUGAUGACAUAAAACCGUAAACCCUGUAAUCCCCCCAAAACAACAAUUUAAACACCUUUACAAUUCUAAUAAUGCACAAGGUAUAACAGAGUUAUGUAAGUGCUUUUAUAAAAUUAUACGCUUCACAUUUCUGCCUUUUAAACCCUCCAAAAAUUGGCCCCAUUCAAGUCCAUUGUAAGUGCCUCACUGUAAUCUCGAUUUGUGCUUAUUUUAAAGAAUGGGAGGGACAAGAUUAAAUACAUUUUUGUGGAAAUCAGCAUUAUGCUACAAAUGUAGUCGAUUGAGCUUAACUUGUAUAAAACCUAAACUAUUCCUCCAACCCUUAGUUUUUGUUACUGUUCCUUUAAGUCUUCUACAUGCAAAUUACCUCUGUUAUAAGAAGAAGAAGCCUUUAU